UCGGUUAUUGGAGAAAGAGCACACACGAAAUGGAACGAAAUUUUGUUAUUUUCUGUGCAAUUGUGAUAUUUUUAUUAGGCAGUUUUAGCUCAUUAGUUGUUGGCGAAGAGUAUGAUGUUGUUUAUGGAUACGAAUGUCAGCAGAGCAAGUGUUUAAGAAUUGAAAUUACGGAGAAAACUAUAGAGACAGCCAUCAGUUUGCCAGUAUGUCGUUUGCUUUGCGGAGAUUCACCAGUGGGAACUGUCUGGCCAAAACCAACUGGAAUUAUGCGCACUGAGAAUAUUUUACUACAUGUAGAUAUAACAACAAUCACAUUUCAAUUUCCCACCAAACUCACCAAACAACUAUCGCUAUGGGAGGCAAGCAAAGAGAGAUUUUUGCAGCAGUUAAAAAGCCACACAGAAGAUGUAAUUGUCGCACCAAAGCCUGGUGGAUCCAAUUUGACAGUAGUAGUGGAAAUAAACUCCGAAAUCGAUGAGCUACCACGUCUAACGCUUGAUAGUGAUGAGAGCUACAAUCUAACUAUAGCCUCCCUAAAAGGGGGUGGUGGUGCGAUCGCUAAAAUCUCAGCAAAUACAUAUUUCGGUGGAAGACAUGGUUUGGAAACAAUUUCACAGUUAAUAGUUUAUGAUGAUAUUCGUCGAGAAUAUCAACUAUUGGCUAAAGUGGAAAUAGAAGAUGCACCUAAAUAUAAAUGGAGAGGAAUAUUAUUGGAUACGUCAAGGCACUUCUAUUCUGUGAAGUCUAUUAAACGUACUUUGGGUAAGUGUCACAACAAACAUUUAGUUUAAAGAACGAUUCGAAUUCUAAUGUUUUUCUCUCUAAGU